AUGUCACUUCCAUUAGAAUACAAAGUAACAUUGCCAGACGGCCAAACUUUCACCCAACCAUCUGGGUUGUUCAUCAAUAAUGAGUUUGUCAAGUCGAAAUCUGGUAAGACUUUGGACAGUAUCAACCCAUCGACUGGAGAAGUCAAUGGUUCCGUUUAUGCUGCCGAAGAAGAAGAUGUUGAUAUUGCCGUCAAAGCCGCUAGAACCGCUUUCAAAUCGUGGAAAAAGGUCACUGGUGUCGACAGAGGAAUCUUGCUCAACAAAUUUGCUGAUGUGUUGGAAAGAGACAGAGAUUUGAUUGGAUCUAUGGAAGCAUGGGAUUCUGGUAAAACCAAGGAACAAAAUGCUGUGUAUGACAUUGACGAGUGUAUCAGCUGUUUCCGUUACUUUGCUGGAUGGGCUGACAAAGUUAGUGGAAAAGUUAUUCAAAAUGAUCCAAAGAAGUUUGCCUAUACCAUCCAUGAACCUUAUGGUGUAUGUGGACAAAUUAUUCCAUGGAACUACCCAUUGGCUAUGGCUGCGUGGAAAUUGGCCCCAGCUUUGGCUGCUGGUAAUGUGGUGGUAAUCAAGUCGUCAGAAAUUACUCCUCUUUCUCUCUUAUACAUCGGUACCAUUUUCAAAGAUGUUGGUUUCCCAGCUGGUGUGGUUAACAUUUUGUCCGGGUAUGGAGCUACUUGCGGAAAGGCAUUGGCAAGCCACAUGGAUGUUGACAAGAUUGCAUUUACUGGUUCUACUGCUACUGGUAAACUCAUCCAACAAUUAGCCGCUUCGAACUUGAAAGCUGUGACUUUGGAGUGUGGUGGAAAAUCUCCAUUAAUUAUCAGAGCGGAUGCUGAUUUGGAACAAGCAGUUAAAUGGGCUGCUUUUGGUAUCAUGUCUAACCAAGGUCAAAUCUGUACCUCGACUUCAAGAAUCUAUAUCCAUGAAAAUGUCUAUGACAAGUUUUUGACAGAAUUCACUAAACAUGUCAAGGAAGCUUAUAAGCAAGGUGAUAUGUUCAAUUCAGAGGCAGUUGUUGGUCCACAAGUUUCCAAGAUGCAAUUCGACAAGGUGAUCUCGUACAUUGAGAUUGGAAAGAAAGAGGGUGCUAAGGUGCUUUUGGGAGGAGAGAAAAACACCGACGGUGACCUCUCCAAGGGUUUCUUUGUCAAGCCUACUAUUUUUGCUGAUGUCAAGCCUAAAAUGAGAAUUGUUAACGAAGAAAUUUUCGGUCCUGUCGUGGCAUGUGGAAAGUUUUCCACUGACGAAGAGGCUGUGGAAUACGCCAACCAAACUGACUAUGGAUUGGGUGCUGCUGUGUUUACCAGUGAUAUUACCAAAGCUCACGAGAUGGCCAGAGAGAUUGAGGCUGGAAUGGUAUGGAUCAAUUCUAGUAAUGACUCUGAUUGCCAUGUACCAUUCGGAGGUGUCAAGUUGAGUGGUGUGGGUAGAGAAUUGGGAGAGUACGGUUUGACCAUGUACACUCAAGCCAAGGCUAUCCACGUGAACCUUGGAAACAAGUUGUAG